CCUCCAGGGAUGGCUCUGAGCUCUCGAGCGCACGCCUUCUCGGUGGAGGCCUUGAUGGGGAGACCCAGCAAAAGAAAAUCUCAAGACUCAAGAGAGGAGAUGCAGCCUGAGCUGCGGGACGAACAGUGCGUACAGAAAGAGGAGGAGGUACCCAGCACCGCUUCUGGGGACUGUGAGCGGCCGGAAAAGCGACCCAAAGCGGAAUCUUCAAAAUCUUCUUUAUCCGACUGCUCUGGCGGCGAGGGCAACGGCCAGGAAAGUGUGCAAGAAAAAAAUAUUAUCCAAGUGGAGCUUCAGGGUUCUGAUCUAUGGAAAAGAUUCCACGACAUCGGGACUGAGAUGAUCAUUACCAAGGCCGGCAGGCGUAUGUUUCCUUCUGUUCGGAUCAAGGUGAAAGGGAUGGACCCAGCGAAGCAAUACUAUGUGAUUUUGGAUGUGGUACCAGUGGAUUCCAAGCGAUAUAGGUAUGUGUAUCACAGCUCACAGUGGAUGGUAGCUGGGAACACAGACCACUCGGGCAUCACUCCCAGAUUCUACGUCCACCCGGACUCCCCUUGCUCUGGCGAAACCUGGAUGCGUCAAAUCAUCUCCUUUGAUAGAGUGAAACUUACCAACAAUGAGACGGACGACAAGGGCCAUAUCAUUUUGCAGUCUAUGCAUAAGUACAAACCCCGUGUGCACGUGAUGGAGCAGGACAGCGGAAUUGACCUGUCCUUGAUUCAGUCCCUUCCUAUUGAAAGAGUCAAAACAUUCUCCUUUAGAGAAACUGAAUUCACUACUGUGACAGCUUACCAAAACCAGCAGAUUACCAAACUGAAAAUAGACAGGAAUCCUUUUGCCAAAGGAUUUAGAGAUCCUGGGAGAAACAGGGGCGUACUGGAUGGAUUUUUAGAGACUUACCCCUGGAGGCCUUCUUUCACUAUGGAUUUUAAAUCCUUUGUUGCAGACACACAAAGUGGAAGCAGUGGCUCAUCUCCAGUGACCUCUAGUGGAGGAGCUCCCUCUCCUUUGAACACCUUACUUUCUCCUUCUUGUUCUCCACCUACACCUUCAUUUCACAUACCCCCGAGCUCGUUUGGAAUGACCUAUUCAGACACAUACCUGCAAAAUAUAAACCUUCCUUUCUGCUACAAGAUUUGUUCAACUAAUUUUUGGCGACCACAACCUUUCGUCUUUCCUACUUCCGAAAGGCUACCAAGUUUCAACAGUUCUCAGUCUUUACCCCGAUUCAUGAUGGAAGUGCCCAUGGUAUCCUCCAGGGGCAUCAUCAAUUCACACAGUGGCUUACAUGAAGACUGCAAUGGGCAGUGUCUACAAGCAUCUCAUUCUGCCAAUCAAAUGUUAUAUGGAUUACAGAAUCCUGGAAACAUUUUCCAACCAAACCUCAUUGCCCAAGAAACACUCAGUUGCCCUUUUUAUCCUUCCCAUGGUUGUUAUAGGUACAACUUAUCCCUGGCAUCUAGACUCGAAAAUGCUACCAAACAUCUCAGUGAAAAUGACAACAGCCAGAUUUCUUUUACAGAAGGCAGAUGUGAUCAUUCACAUUGGUAUCCAGCAGUCAACCAAUGUCUUUAAUGGGACAACGAUCUCAUUUUAAGACAUUCACAUUGUGCUUUGAGAAUGAAGAGGCUUCUUCAAAACUCCCAAGCUGUGUCGAGAGAUGUUUCGCACUGCUUUCAGGCAUGAGUUCUCCAUAUGGUCUGGGAAUGAACAUGAUUUCAUUCUCCUGUGAGGGUGAAGUAUGUUUGUGGCAGGCAAAGAAACGAACUAUUAGUCUCGGCAAGUGAUGACUCAAGGAAGAAUCAGUCUUUGACCCAUCAGCAUCUCAUGUGCUGACAGCAUGACAAGGGUGCCAACAAUGCAUGAAGACAAGCAUCUGCACUGGACAUUGUGGGAGCUUUUCUUUAAGUUCUCCUAACAUUUCUAUUCUUGCACCUUAGGGAAAAUGAAGGCACGCAAAGCAGGUAGCCAGAAUGUAGCUGGAAUAAAUGUGUUGUUUAAGUACUAAAUAUAUUUUGCAAAAGUUUAUAUGCAUGCUAAUCACUAAUUUGGUAUGUUUCGAGUAAUAGAACUGUAAAUAUAUAGAGAUGUAUAAAGUAGGACAGUUUUUUACAUUUUUAUCUCCUUAUUUAAUCUCACUAACAAGCUUUCAUUGUAUGUAUAUGGUUUUAUAAAUUAAAGAUGUUACUCUAGUAUGUGUAUUUAUGCACUUAACCUGUGUGUGUAUGGGUAUAAUCUCCAAUGAGAUAUUUAGCUUUCCUUAAAAUGAUUUACCCUGUGUUUUUACUCUCAGUCUUAAAGAGAUGCUGUAUGGAAAAUCUACUCAUUAGAUACUUACAUAUGCUAUUAAUUAUGCAUACUUAAGUGGAGAUAUAUUUAAAUAUAUUUAGAAAUGUUUAAUUGCAUAUGCUACACUUUGAUAAUUGAAUUGACAGGGCAUAAGUACAAUUUCUUAUUUUAAUUUAAAGAUAUGUUGACUUUGUGGUGAAAAAUAUUCAGCCAGUCAAAAUAACAAUCAGUAACUCCUAGAAUACAGCAACAGUUUACUAGUGGAUUUCACUGGAACUUAACAUGCCUAUUGGAACAGUUAAAAACAAAGCAAUUGAAUACAUAGUUUGGGCACUGGUGGCAGUUGCUUUGAUAUAACUACCUUGAUAUACAUUUAAUCUCCUUAGAUUUGAUCUGCAAUUAAAUGUUAUUUUGUGUUAAAUCUAUAUAAAGAAACAUGGUUUGGAUGACAACAUAAAACAGAAUGAAUAGAUAACAUAGAACAUUUGAAACAUAUCCCAUAUUAAAACUAUUUACACAUGUGGAACUGGCCAAAUUUGACAUGUUGUUUCAAUAAAAUAUUGAGAGUAAACAGGCGAGUAUCACUUCCUCUCAAGGUUUCAAAUGUUCAUGUUUACAAAUUUGUCCUGCACAUUAAUAUGAAAACAUGCAUUAUAGUGAGCAGAUGUACAGGAAAAUGUUAUAGUAUCUUUGUAUUAAGUUCAAAUGCCUACACAUAUUUAUUGGCCAAUUUUUAACUGCUUAAAAGAGUUACAAUCAUUAAAGUUAAACAUAAUAGAAAAUUCUGAAAGUAUAUUACAAUGUAUACCAUUAAACGCUGUAGUCAAAUAUUAUUUUGUUGUUAUUGUUAAACAUAAAAGAAUUUUGACUUUGAUUUAUAUCACAUUCUUAUGCACAUGAUGAUAUAAUGUAAUAUUUUAGUUAUAAAAUAUGUAAUUAACAACUUAAAAACUUAUUGAUA